ACUUAAAUGAUCCAGGGAAAAUUUCUAAAAUAAGAAAUGCAUUUGAUGUUUUAUUAUCUUCUGUUGACGAUUACUAUAUACUGACAGUUGAACAAAAAGCAGAAUUACCAACCAUGAAGGAAAAAUUUAAUGACUUGCCUGAGAGAGCAGCCACAGCUACUAAGGAGAAGAAUAUGUGUACAAACAAGGAAUUUGUUAAGGAGACACUUGGUCGCAAACUGGAGAGGUGUCUAAUUGAGUUUAAAAAGGCAAAGGAAGAGACCGAGCAGCAGGAACGGAGCAUUGUCACCCUUCAGUUGCAAGCUAAGUCCCUUCUUGCCCAAAUUGAGGAGGAACAGAAAAAGAAAGAUAAUUUCUCGUCCAAGCAGAAAGAAAUGUUUAAACUUUCCGAGGACCUGAAAGCUGAACUUGAUGUGUUAAAAAAACAGUGGCCAGAUGAUGAAGCAAAGAUGAAGGCUGCUGAAGAGGAGGAGAAGAAAGUUAGUACAGAAUGGCACAAAAUGAAACAAUUCGUUGUAUCUCUAAAGACUCCUUUUUACUCAUCUGAUCUAAAGCCAUGCUCUAUGUAAGAAGUGCUAUACGAAUGUUUUUAUUGAAUCAUGUCAUAUUGGUGUGGUAAAACUUCCUUUAAUUAAAAAAAAAAAAAAAAUCAAUCAUCAUCAAUACU